AUGGCUUUCCGCGGCGAACGUUUCGUCCUCGACCUGGAUGGGGAUGAAGGCGCUCCUGAAAUUCCCUCUCCAUUCUCUCUCGUCGGCGAAAUCCAAGAACGGGCCCCCUCCGUCGCCAAACCUCCUGCCCCCACGCUGUCGAGUUCAUCAACCGGCUUCCCGGCACCCCGCCAGCGCAAGCCAUCUUCCUUCAAACAACGACGAGCUCAGCAACCCACCGCGUCUAAACCGUCUACCGAGGAACCCGUUCAAGAUGAAAAGAAACUUAUCGACGAGGAGAACCGGCGACAGCUGGCAGCCAUGUCGGACGCCCAGAUCAAGCAGGAACGGGAAGAGUUGAUGGAACAGAUGGACCCAAGCCUCCUAGAACGGUUCCUCCGCAGAGCUAGAAUCGAUGAGCAUGAGCAGAGCGACAAAGAGCCCCCAGCACCCAAAGAUGAAACUGCGUCUAAACCGAAGAAAUCAGUUUCAUUCGAUGUGCCCGAGCCAACAACCAGACCACGGGCACUAUCAACAGCUCAAUCCCAUUCUCUUCAAAAGCCAUCUCAACCACCUCCAGUUAAUGAAGACCGCCCACCCAGCUCUCUCCCCCAGGACCUCCACCCAGCAUCCGAACAACCCUCCCUCGACCCAGCAACCCUCGAAACCUUCCACUUCCCACAGCCCUCAACGCCCAUGCCAAUCCUCGACCCAUCUUCCCCCAACUUUCUCUCAGAUCUCCAGUCCCACUACUUCCCCGAAAUCUCCCAGGACCCAUCAACCCUCUCCUGGCUCCAACCCCUCAGCGCGGAUGAAGAAGACCCCGAUUCAACAUCCGCCUACCACCCAGCCAGCAGCGCCAUCUCCAUGGCCCCCUCAGCAAUCCGCUUCUCGCUUACCGGCACAAUCCUCGCCCCCGAGACCUCUCUGUCACUCCCAACAACCAUGGGCCUGCACCACCACGGCGACGAUCCACAUGCGGCGGGGUACACAAUCCCCGAGCUGGCCAUCCUAGCACGCUCAACAUUCCCCGCCCAGCGCUGUAUCGCAUGGCAAGUCAUCGGCCGGAUCCUAUUCCGUCUAGGUCGGGCAGAGUUCGGUGAUCGCGGUGGGCCGUUGUCCGAGGGUUUGUGGUUCGUGAUCGAGAAGGAAGGUGUCGUUGCCGGUAUGCUUGCUGAAGCGGAUGGCGCUGCUGGCCAGAGUGCCGGCAGAAACAAGGCUUUCAGUAGCAAAGAUGCCGAGGUUCAGAAUGAUAACAUGCCCAUUGCGUCUGGUGUUGGACGUCAUGCUAGUGCUGCAGCUUGGGCUGUAGAGGGUAUCUGGUUAUGGCAGAAGGGUGGAGGUGGUGACCGUGGACUGUUGAAGGAAGGACAGCACCGUUCGUUAUAA